AGAGGUGCAGAGCACAUCAUGAGGGCGCCAUUCAACUCUGACCACACAAAACACCCGACUCAUUCUUUGUCACCACAGUGCCAAGGAUCUCUGCAUUCGUGGCCACUGCCGCAUAACCACCCAUUCUCUGCAGUGGGGUCAAAGGACUGUUGUGUUGUACAGUGAAGCACGCUGCAGUGCAGUCACACAGAUAUGUUUACGGGGAACAGGGAUCUGUGUUCUUGGAAUCAAAUAACAGUUUGUCGUCUUUCAUCGCCUGUGAUACCUGCGCCACGUAUAUUGAAAAUGAUGAUAUCUAUCCGAUUUGACUUCAGCCGACACCGAUGACUGUUCUUUUUCCAAGAACCCAGUUUUGUUCUUGAUAGUUAAAGCUGCGUUUGUGCACACUUACUAUAGGGCAUUGUCCUCAUUAUUAGGGAAUAGCUUAUCCACGUGAAAUAUUUUGAAUGAUGGUGAUGUCAUCAUGUUAACGGUCAGCAGGAAUUACUUUUUUGAAAAUGUGGGUUUUGAUUUAUUGGGGUAUUUGUGGGAUUGGGGAUAAAAACAUUGUUGAUGACAAGCACAUACAUGCUGAAAACUUGCAAGUCACUGACAAUUUAUCGAAGAAGUUGAACAGAAAUGUAUAGUGCGCUAGUGAAAAAGGCCAAGUUUUUAAAACUGAAAUUGUGUUCAAAAUCAAGGCAGAAGUCAUUUGAAAGGAGAAAAUCUUUUUAAGAACCAAAAAGAUGCGUCCAAAACUAAAAUGUACACAGUCAUCAUUCAAACAUUUCCACAGGAGUAAUGUCUCACAAACGAAUAUGCUUUCAUAUUUGCCAGCUGGGCUUUCAAUAUGUUCAGGUAUGCUUGUCAACAUGCUUUACCUUUGAGAUGUUGAGCACUAUUGGCCAGUGUCUUUGUAAACAAACUUUGUGCUGAAAUUAACAAAUAUGCUGGGAGUUUAGCCACAAAGGGUACUCUUUGUACAACCAGAACAGGUUUGAUGUGAGGCAGUGAGAAAUUUGUUGCUUCCAUCCACAUUUUGAAUAUUCAAACGGCUGUGGAUAUGCAUCACGUAAACAAAGAGAUUUACCCAAUGUGAAAUUGGCCUCCACUUUAAUUGUUUUCUGUUUAAAUUAAAGACAAAGUACUAAACACAAUAUAACUCAUAUAACACCACAUACAAGUAAAUUCAAUUCAGUAACUACAUAAAUUCCAAGGUGCCUCUUGAAAAGAUACAUGUACAUUCGUGCAUCUCCUAUACAUGUUCAUGAAAUUAUGUUAUUUUUCAAACAUUGAUUCCAACAGCUUGUUCUCAUAGUUUGUUUUUGCAGAUAUGCACAAAAUGGGAUAUACAAAUAGGUUUUGGGAAAACAUAUGUGACCUCAGUUACAACAUUCUCGGGCAAGUUAGCUCAAGACCAUUAGUUAACCAGUGUUUGGUUUGUGAUGUACCUGGUGCAUGUGCAGUGAAGUUGAAGUGCGAACAACCCUAGUCAACUGUUGUCAGGUCAUUAGGUGGCCUCGGGAAGGGCAAAUUGCAAAUAUGAAAGUGAAUGUGGUUGUUAACUAGUGACAUGGUGUUUCUCUCUGGCAUGUUUCUUAUAACUGGUCCUCUCUGCACUGUGGUAACAGAAAUGGGUUGGUGGCAACCAAUGACGCGACCAACCUCUUUAGGCUGGUCGCGAAUAGUUGACUUGUCUAGUCCAACCAUCGUGGACUAAGGUGAGUUCGAUGAGAGAUAGUCAAAAUAUGGUUAACUAUGGUCCUUGAUCGAAUUGCCCCUCAAUGAAAACAAUUACUGAACAACAGUCACUUGCUCAAACAAUGAUUAACUGAAAUUCGUAAUGGAGUUGCAGUUUUGGCAGCAAUAUGGACAAGUUUGUUUGUUGAUAAUACUUUAAGCUACAUAUGUUCCCAAGUUUCCUUUUGUGGACGGGACUUUUCCAGCAGCAAAGUUAUUAAUCAUUAACCCUAACCCUCCUCAAUCCUUCACCUGUUGGAGGACUGAGGAGUGUUAGGGUUAAUGAUGAACGACAGUAAUUUCCAAGGUGGUUUUGUUAUUUUUUCACUUUCUUUUCUCUGUGUGUCCACUUUUCAUUUGUUUUUUUCAAUUUUACCAGAGAGGGAAAAGUUUAAGGUGUUUGACUGACUCUCAGGGUGCUCCAAAAUCAAAAAAGUAGAGUAAUUCCAAGUUUAGAAUUGAUUCUUUCUGAUUCUGCUGUUUUGUCACCAGCAAAGUCAACUUUAGAAUAGGCCAUCAGGGAAAGCACAUGUUGAACGUUCCAGGUUGUUCCAGUAUUAGAGGAGAUAUUUUCCAUGUAAGCAGGACGUAUAAAAAAAUUAAAAUUCUAGCGAAGUUGUGUAGAAACUCACAAAGCCCCUGCAGAUUUUUGUUCGGAACAUUCAUACAUAAACACAUGCUCAUAAAUAUGCAUUCUAUUUUGCAUAUAUUGCACUGUUCAUCAGACAUACAUUUUAAGCAAAUAUGGUUUUAUCAUAUAGCCAAGCCAAGCGCUUGACACACAGAGUUUUAUUUCUUGUCCAUUUCAAUCCAGUCUGCACAUAUGCCUUGAUUUUAUCCCAAUCCUUUGGGCUCUAUUCAACUGACACUUCCCACAGUCAUUAAAAGUUGCAUCUAUGAAACAAAAUCAGUAAUAGGGUCAUCUACGUAGACAACACAGCCUACCCCUGCUACUCCUCUGUGGUGGUAUCAACAAGUUAAGAAAAGAGAAAAAAUUGAAAGUUCUACAGAAUCUGACAACAGCUUUUUAUUUCCAUAUUGGCAACAUUUUCCAGAAGUUACAGAUAUUUCACCAACACCUACCAAGACAUCUGUUUCUAAACACUGAAACCAUAACUGGUAACUAAAGCCUGGUUUCCAUUCCGACGUCUGCAACGCAGAGAGCAAUGUAAUCAAGACGCAAACUGCAACGCAGACAUGUGGAAACGUGUCAAACGGAAGUGUCACCGACAAUGCAGACAAAUGCAAACCAGCCCAAGUUGAGCCAGGUUAGACUAUCUGCGAUGUGUAGCCAUGGUACCGUCAUAUAAACACUCACACUAGCAUGACCGUGUACAACAAUGUCCCUCUCACGGAUACGUAGUUCCACAAAUUUUGCCCAUUUUCUUCUUAAUAUGCUUAAAUACUAUGCCCCAUUAAUCAACUAAAUAGUUUCGGAGUUUCUGAUGCCGUUCGUUUCAAUUUUUGGGUGGAAUUACGUCAUGCACGUCUGGGGCCAUGUCUUGCUUCCCGUCUGUGUUACAGAUGACCAUAUGGAAACCAUGUCUUAUUUUGGCCCAUUAUAUACUUCAUACUACCUGGAGUAGUCAGGUUAUUGUAGAAAUACUUACUGAUCUCCAUGCUAAAAAAAUUAAAGCCAGGCUUAUACCAUCACCAGGUGAACUUGGGCAGAAGGAACUGUAGAUCUGUUGAUGCCUCAGUAGUCAGUCAAUGGUAAACGCACGGUUUCACGGCUUACUUCAUUAUGUGUACUUUAAGCAGCCAGCCAAUUGAGCAAGGUGUCAGAUAUUGACCCCUCUGGUGAGUUCCUCACCCAAGUACGGUAACUUCCUGUGUUGUGUGGAUUUGUCGAAGGAGAUGUGAUUGAAGAGGCAGCUGUGUGACCUUGGUACUUUUGUCAGAGAUUUUGCUGCACCCACCAGUGCUUUACAAGUGUUCUGCUCCGGUCCAUGGAAUGACCUGUGAGAAUUGCACCUGGUCCAUCAAAGAACACUUGGCAAAAGUAAACGGGGUGGCCAGCGUUUCGGUGUCCCUUGAAAAGGAAAUGGCAGCUGUCCAUUUUUAUCCUGAGGAAGUCAGCCCGCAAGAGCUGCAGGAAGCCAUCAAUGACACGGGGUACGAGGCCGAACUUCAAGGACGGAGACCUUGUCUUCAACACAAGGAGGAUCUCCACCAUCCGAGAAUAGAGGAAGAAGGAAGUGAACUACAAUCACUCUUAGCAAACAGAGAUGAACUCGUGUCAAGCAGGAAAGGCGAAGGAGCAUCUGAAGACACAGAGGGAGCAGGAGGAUCUAUCGAGAUGGUGAGGUUCUCAAGUAAGGAUGGAUCCGACGAGGAGCGGGCAACCAUUAAAAUCUCUGGCCAGAACAAAUACCAGGCGCUGAGCAGCAAGAGCCAAGAGGAAAAAUGCGUGCUGAGGGUGACGGGGAUGACCUGUGCCUCCUGCGUGGCUACCAUCGAGAAAACCCUGGUCAAGCAUCGAGGGAUCAGAACAGCCCUUGUUGCCUUAAUGGCACAAAAGGCCGAGGUGACUUACGACCCUGAUGUCAUGACACCAGCAGAAAUCCGAGAAAUGAUUGAUGACAUGGGCUUUGAUGCCGAGGUUCUUGAGGAGAAGAAUCAGGGUGGGAUUGAAACAUUGAAGUUGACGAUUUCUGGCAUGCAUUGUGCGUCUUGUGUAAAGAACAUUGAAUCCCUGGUAAUGCGCAUCAAGGGGGUGACGCACGCAUCGGUGGCACUGUCCACGUGCCGGGGUGAAUUCAAAUACAACUCCAGUGAUGCAGGGCCUCGGGCCAUUAUCAAAGCUAUUGAGGAAGCCGGUUUUGAAUGCAAGCUUGCCACGGACGAGGCCCAUGCCUCCACUGCUCUACAGCAGCAGAAGACUGUCAAGAAAUGGCGCAACUCCUUCCUGGUCUCCCUCAUCUUUGGCCUCCCUGUCAUGGCCACCAUGAUCUACUUCAUGAUCCAGAAAGACCAGAAGGAGAACCUGAUCCUGUUGCCGGGGCUGUCCCUGGAAAACCUCAUCCUCUUCGUCCUAUCGUCCAUUGUUCAGUUUGUUGGAGGGAGGUACUUCUACGUUCAGGCCUACAGGGCAGUGCGCCACAAGACGGCCAACAUGGACGUUCUGAUUGUCAUGGCAACUCUGAUUGCCUACUUCUACUCUGUGGUGGUGGUGGCUGUUGCCAUGAUCAAGAAGGACGAAGGGAGCCCAGUCACCUUCUUUGAGACUCCGCCCAUGCUGCUUAUGUUCAUCAACCUUGGUAGAUGGCUGGAGAGCAUUGCUAAGAUGAAGACAUCAGAUGCGCUCUCCAAACUGAUGUCCCUGCAGCCUGCUGAAGCAAACCUCGUCACUGUCGGAGAAGAGCUUCAGGUGACGAGCGAACGCUCCAUCAGUGUGGAGCUGGUAGAAAGGGGGGACAUUCUGAAAGUAGUCCCUGGUGGGAAGAUUCCAGUGGACGGGAAAGUGAUUGAUGGCUUGUCAGCGGCUGAUGAAUCAUUGAUCACAGGAGAGUCCAUGCCAGUGUACAAGAAACCAGGGAGUAUUAUGAUCGGCGGCUCCAUCAAUCAAACGGGCACCAUACUGAUGGAGGCGACCCAUGUUGGUGCAGACACAACUCUGGCUCAGAUCGUCAAGCUGGUUGAAGAUGCGCAGACCUCCAAGGCCCCCAUCCAGCAGAUAGCUGACAAGAUAGCUGGUGUGUUUGUACCCGGUAUCCUAGUGUUGUCAAGUCUCACACUGGCGAUAUGGAUUGCAAUUGGAAUGACCCACCCAGACUUGAUCCCAAAGCAAAACCCACGUGGUGCUAACCAUACCACCGAGAACACCAUUCAGUUCUCUUUCCAAGUGGCCAUCUCUGUCCUGGCUAUAGCCUGCCCCUGCGCCCUGGGCCUGGCCACCCCUACGGCCGUAAUGGUGGGAACCGGAAUAGGGGCCCGCAUGGGCAUCUUGAUCAAAGGAGGGGAGCCACUUGAACUCGCUCGGAGGUUGAAGACCAUCAUUUUUGACAAGACUGGUACAAUAACCUAUGGCAUCCCCCGUGUUAUGCGUACCAUGGUCUUUGUGCCUAUCUCGGAGAUCAGCGAAGAGGAGUUCUUAGCCAUAGUUGGCACGGCCGAGGCAAGCAGUGAACAUCCUUUGGGUGCGGCCGUGACCAGACAUGCCAAAGAGAUGCUAGAGUCUGACGUAGUAGGCAAGUGCUCCAACUUCAGUGCUGAGCCUGGCUACGGUCUCCAGUGCACAGUCACAAAGAUCAGUGCUAUGCUGAAUGCCAAAAUGAAUAAACAAAAUGCCCAAAGUGGCUCUGAGGUUACCUCUGCGUCUAACAAGGAGGCCAAUGAUCCUGACGAGAUAACCCAAGAGGAUGACUCCAGCAUCUAUGAGGUGCUGAUCGGCAACAGAGAAUGGAUGAAGAAAAACUACCUGGAUGUGACAGACGAGAUGAGCCACUCCAUGACCCAAUAUGAAGCCCUUGGACAAACGGCUGUACUGGUCGCCAUCAAUGGUGUCAUAGCUGGAAUGAUCACUAUUGCCGACGCAGUCAAAGAGGAAGCUAAGCUGGCAGUGAAGGUUCUGAAGGACAUGGGGCUGGAUGUCGUCCUGCUGACCGGUGACAAUAAGAAGACAGCUGAUGCUAUCGCGACACAGGUUGGCAUCACCAAGGUUUUUGCUCAGGUCCUGCCCAAGAACAAAGUCGAAAAAGUGGAAGAGAUCCAGCUGGAAGGUCGCAAGGUGGCCAUGGUGGGCGACGGGGUGAACGACUCGCCAGCCCUGGUCAAAGCGGAUGUGGGUAUUGCCAUAGGAACGGGCACAGAUGUUGCCAUGGAGGCAGGAGAUAUUGUCCUCAUCAAGAAUAAUCUCUUGGAUGUGGCAGCCGCCAUUGACUUAUCCAAGUGCACUGUUCGCCGAAUCUACAUCAACUUUUUCUUUGCUAUCGUGUACAAUGCCGUGGGCAUCCCUAUCGCUGCUGGAGUGCUGGCUCCUGUGGGUCUGCUCCUGAGGCCCUGGAUGGCCUCCGCUGCCAUGGCAAUGUCCUCUGUCUCUGUGGUGCUAUCAUCCCUCUUCUUGAAGUUUUACAAGAAGCCAACGUACAAGAACAGAGUUGCUGCCAAAGAAAAUGUGCCAGAAAAUGUGUAAUUGAGUUUGCAAGAUCACCUUCACUGGCUAAAAAAAAGUGUGAAGUACAUCAAGGGUUUUUGCUAGAGGGAAGAUAGGGAUGUGACAUCCUUCUACAGAUUUGUACAUUUUUGUCAACAAAUCAUUAUUAUAGAGGCUUGCAUUGAAGCCAUCUUGCAUGGCAAUUGUUUUGUUCCAUUGGGAAACCUCCUUUGUGCACACCCUGUGGAACAAAAGCACGGUCCUGCAAGAUGGCAGCCAUGCAAACCCUCUUUUGUCAGUAGCAUUGCAAAAGAAUCUUGUGACUGACUGUUACGUACUGUUCAUUUCUGUGCAUUUUCAACAGCACCCCAUUAAAAAUUAUUUGCCGAUUCGCCAAUUUGGGGACACAUUCCCCCAUUCAACUUGAUCUAGAAUUGCCCUUGUACGUGCAGUGUGUACGUCAGAUGGCAAAUUGUUUUGUAUUACACAAAGUAAAGCAUUUUUCACAGUUCACACAGCUGUCAGUGCCAGUUUUUAAUUAUAUUUUUCCAGAAAUGCUGUUUUUGAGCAAUAAGCUCCACAAGAAUAAACAUGAAUUAAAAAAAAAAGAGAAAAAUUACCAUUUUUACUUCGUGGCAGUUGACAGCAGUGCUUAUAAUAUUUUGUGUACAAAGUCAUAGUUACUUUUCCACUAAAGAUCAAACUGACAUUCUGUGUAUCUUUAAUGAGGAAUCUGACCACAUGUCCCCCAUUACAAGGGACAAAGAGAAAAGGUGCGCCAACAUAAACACCAUUGCUGUCAAUAUAUAUAUUGUACCUGGUACCCACGCAAAGACCCUAUUGGUUUGGGCAUUCUGUCCUGAAAUGACUUGUUCUCCAAGUUAAAUGCAUGUAAGCAGGUUCCCUUGGUGUCCUUGGGGACAUAGCACCUAGUAACAAGGUACCCUUUCUUGAGCUGUGAAGCUUUUCCUGGUGAAAGUAGCAAGUUAAACAGUUUCUGGUAGCACCAUGCGAGCAUAUCCCUCUAUUCGCUCAGCACAGCGGUAUCUGUGAAUGGUGCUACUUUUUACUUUAUUUGCACUUUUUCUGUUUAUGCACAAAUUCCACAGACCCAUAGGGAUUUAUCACUUCGAAAUGAAUUUUUACAAAAUCCCAGUAAUGGAUAUCUGCCAUUAAACUAUUCAUAUUUUGUUCUAUUUUUGAUAUUUCCUUUAUAUUUUAGUUUGUAUAGUUUCUAUACUUAUUAGUCUAAGCAAUCUCAAUUGUUUUGUUGCAAAGCAUUGUACAUUGUACACAGAACAACACUUAAUGAUUGAAAUAGGUUGUUAUACUUGAGCAGGGCAUCCAAAUAUACUUGGAGACGGCAAUAGAAUGUUUGGCUUUUUAAUAGUGGACAGCCAUUUUUAAAAUGCACAUCUAUAUGCUUAAACCAUCUUCACUUUAGAAUUGACCAAUCACAUGGUGGUCGUGUAGCGUAAGGUGAUUAAUAUAUCAAUGAAAUAUGGCUGUAAGGAUGUUAUAAUUAUAUUCACUUGUCUUGAUAGUUUAUAUUAAUGCAUGUCAUAGUGCUUCCGUUUUUCCCACAGCAUAAAUACAUUUCUCUGAAUUUCAAAAUAUAUGUACAUCUAUGAUUUUUAAACAGCAUUGAUAAUUUGUUUUGCAACUCCCAUGGAUCCCUAGUCAGACUGAUCACUAUUUACACGUAAGUAUCUGUAUGAAGUGGCAUACAUGUACGUGUAUAUUUGACACCAUGUACAGCUACUAUGUGGCUCACGUUGUGUUGGUGCUGGCCAAAAGGUUCACCCAAUUAGAAUGUGAUUGCCAAAAUAAUGAAUAGUUUACAUCGUACUGAGAGACUGAUGUGCAUUAUUAAAACCGACUAUUGAUGUAACAUCUGUGUCAAUAUUGCUUGGAUUUAUAAAAUUUGUGCAGUUUAUGAUGGUAACCCAUUGAAACAAAACUUUUUUAAUAUGAACGAGGUUUUCUGAAGCAGAUUUAAUUCACUCUGCCGAAAAGUGUUGUAAAAAAUUUCGGAGAGGCUUGUGUUUAGUAAGAAAUUUGCUCAUAUUACCUGGUAAAAAUUUGAGAAGUUUGUUUAAUAUUUUCACGUGAUAUCAGAAGGGUUAGGGUUAUUACUAUCCAUCAGAGUCAAAGUAUGGAUUUGAGUUCUUCACGGAUGAAUUUCUUCAUUGUACACUACAUGUGUCCAUAGUAGAUUGUUGAGGAUAAUGCCUGUUUUUUAAAAAAAAAAAUGGAUUGUUUUUAGCAAUGGCAUUGUAAUCCUAGACGAACUUGGCUUAACUCGAACUGUAUCAGGCAAUUAUGCUUCAAAUUUCUAUUGCUUGCAGCAAAGGCAGUAAUUUCAGAGAGAAUUGAAUCAGGAUUUUUCUCUUAGAAAUAUGUGAAGUAUAUCAGCCAAAUAAUUGAUAUAAUUGCCUUGUUUAAAGAUGCAUGGUCUGUGUUAAGUGUUAAGUAUUGGUGACAGGUAUGACCUUGCAAGAAUAAUUACAGCUUUUGUUAUUUUCUGAUAAUUGUAUCAAGUUUUCUGAGCAUUUGGUUUCAAACACCAUCUGUAGGGUAAGGAAUUAACUACUAAGUUUGGUACGAGUUUGCAAUUUUUGUGGCGUUGGCUAAAAGCUUGGUUUUGAGAACCUGAAGUUAAUUUGCAAAUUUGGCAGUGGGACAAGUCAUGCUGCCAUCUUUUGUCUGAUUAUGAAAGAAACCUUUCAAUCUUUGUUUCCUCUCCACAGACUGACCUGAAUUUUAUUUGCAGGGGCUGUUCUACACAUACAUGUAACGAUAACUUGGCCUGAGUAUUUAAUGCUGUAAUAACUUUGUGAAGAAAGAAUUAUAUUAGUAUUUAAUAAAUGUUUAAAUGUAUCUCUGAAGGAUAUGCCAAAUUCAA